GUUGUACUCGUAUGGAUCGAUCGAUCUCCCUUGAUUCCUUGAUUGUGUGUGCUACGUAGUUUGGCGACCCUUCCAGACAGACGAUUUCGAGACCAAUCACGGCAGACAUGAUUCCAUCUCGAGUCAACCUUAUCAACGUGCUCGUACCCGUCAAACGGGCGAUCGACUAUGCGGUCAAGAUCAGGAUCGCCAAGGACGGGAAGGGUGUCGACACGACCGUCAAGCAUUCGAUGAACCCCUUCGACGAGAUCGCCGUCGAGGAGGCCAUUCGACUCAAGGAGCGGACCAAAGCCGUCACUUCUAUCAUCGCACUAUCUAUCGGACCGGCCAAAAGUGUCGAGACCCUGCGAACGGCGCUUGCCAUGGGAGCCGAUUCGGCCGUCCAUAUCGUUACACCGGAAGCUCCAUCGCCUUCGUCGAACCCUGAACCGGUAAACGUGGCAGCGGCCAUCAAAGCCGUCAUAGACCGAUCGAAGGCUGCAGGCGCCGACAAGGCGAUCGACCUCGUGAUCAUGGGCAAACAAGCCAUAGACGAUGACUCCGGAAGUACUGGUGGAAUGCUUGCAGGCAUGCUGGGAUGGGGUCAAGGCACUUUCGCCAGCAAGCUUGACGUCGACAAGGCUUCUGGUAAGGUCGAAGUUACCCGGGAAAUCGACGGCGGCCUGUCCCGCAUCGAGAGCAAGUUGCCGAUCGUUGUGACUACCGAUCUCCGACUGAACGAGCCUCGUUACGCAUCAUUGCCCAAUAUCAUGAAAGCCAAAAAGAAGAAGAUCGAAUCGCUCAAGCCGGAAGAUCUCGGGAUCGAUCUGUCGCCCCGUAUGAGUGUUUUGAGCGUUUCCGAACCGCCUAAGAGGGUCGGUGGAGGCAAAGUUGAAAACGUUGAUGAACUCGUGCAGAAGCUCAAGGAAGGAGGAAUUGUAUAGACUUCCAUUACAACCCAAGUGAAAUUCGUAAAUAUGAACUCGUAACGAUG